CCCCCCCAGCCUUGGCGCCAUGGCGUAGUCGCUGGCGUCGCCUCCCUCAGCCGCGAAGGAGCACGAUAACGUUAACGCUCCUCUCUUUCCAUUCUCACAACGUGAGGUAUGCGGCGCAGGGAUGGCGUUACCUCUGUAAGGUUUUGUCUAAAGAGGGAACGAGCCUUCGAAGAGGCAGUGGCAGAUCUCCUGCCCGACCGUCCUCUGCCGGGCUUUGUCAGAAAAGUGUGCUCCUCCCUUCCCCGCACCCGUGGCAAUUUCUUAGGUGGUGAGCUGCAGUUUGUGCGAUGCUGGUGGCCACCCAGAGUGUUGACGUGAAGGCCACAGGCCUCAAAACCAAGUCAUGGGUGUCUUGAGUGGUCUGGCUGAAUUUCUGGCUGAGCUUUCCACAGAAGACAAACUCUGUACACAAUAAACAAGGUAAAAAAUGAGGAAGGCCCUUAAGGAAAUUGAUACAGAAUUACCAAAAAUUUCAUGAGAAAAAAAUUAAAGGAUGUUUCAAAGUAGCAUUUUAAAUACCACUGAUCAUUGAUUUGGUCCCCUUGUGUUUCUGAGUGUGAAAAAGGGUGCUGGUUCAAGAGGAGGUCUCUGAAGAUCUGCCUUUGGCUGUUCAUAGAGAAAUCAGAUAAAGCUACUUUGUGAAAUGACUUCUCAUCAUGUUGCUGAAGAACCUAUAAAAAAAGUUGCUAUCUUUGGAGGAACUCAUGGGAAUGAACUAACAGGAGUAUUUCUGGUUAAGCAUUGGCUAGAAAAUGGCACUGAGAUUCAGAGAAUGGGCCUGGAGGUAAAACCACUUAUUACUAACCCAAAAGCAGUGAAGAAGUGUACCAGAUACAUUGACUGUGACCUGAAUCGUGUUUUUGACCUCGAAAAUCUUGGCAAAAAUAUAUCAGAAGAUUUGCCAUAUGAAGUGAGAAGGGCUCAAGAAAUAAAUCUUUUGUUUGGGCCAAAAAAUAGUGAAGAUUCUUAUGAUGUUAUUUUUGACCUUCACAACACUACUUCUAACAUGGGCUGCACUCUUAUUCUUGAAGAUUCCAGGAAUGACUUUUUGAUUCAGAUGUUCCAUUAUAUUAAGACUUCUUUGGCUCCGUUACCCUGCUAUGUUUAUCUCAUUGAGCAUCCUUCUCUCAAAUAUGCAACCACUCGUUCUAUAGCCAAGUAUCCUGUUGGUAUAGAAGUUGGUCCUCAGCCUCAUGGGGUUCUGAGAGCUGAUAUUUUGAAUCAAAUGAGAAAAAUGAUUAAGCAUGCUCUUGAUUUUAUACAUGAUUUCAAUGAAGGAAAAGAAUUUCCUCCCUGUGCCAUUGAGGUCUAUAAAAUAAUGGAGAAAGUUGAUUAUCCCAGGAAUGAAAGUGGAGAGAUUGCUGCUGUUAUCCAUCCUAAUCUGCAGGAUCAAGACUGGAAACCACUGCACCCUGGGGAUCCGGUGUUUUUAACUCUUGACGGGAAGACUAUUCUGCUGGGCGGAGACUGUACUGUGUACCCGGUGUUUGUAAAUGAGGCUGCAUAUUAUGAAAAGAAAGAAGCUUUCGCAAAGACAACUAAACUAACACUCAAUGCCAGAAGUAUUCGCUCCUUGUCACGUUAGAAGUCACUUCUAGCUCGCUUGUCGUACAGUAUCUUGAAAAACUCCACUAGUUUGUAAGGUCCUCAGGAGCAGGGUUGUGCCUUAUUCAGCUUCAUCACAGUGCCUAGGACAGUGCCUUACUCAGCAGGCAUCCACCAAAUGUCUUAAACUGAUGACUGUCUUUUAAAGGUAUCAUAUUUUAUGUAUGUAGUUUAUUCAAAGAAGUGUGUUUCCUACUUCUGCAUAGUUUAUUAUGCACGUUUAACAUUCUUAAUAAACAGCCUUUAUAUUCAAAAUAAAAAUUUGAAAUAGAUACUAUAUAUAAAAAGUUAA